UCUUGUACAUUGCCUUGAAGCUCAUAGCUUCUGCUCGGUCUCGAAAAGAGUUUGUUUUGGGUCGGGUUUAAGAUUGUGGUUUUGACAUGAGGAUUCCUCCUCUGCUUGGAAGGGCACCCUUGUUGUGCUUCUUCUUGGUGUCCUUUGUUUUUGCUGCAACAUUGUGCAAUGCCGAUGUAAAGUCGGUCGAGGUCGUCGGUGUUGGUGAAUGUGCUGAUUGCAAAGAGAGUAACAUAAAAACUAGCCAUGCUUUGUCAGGACUGAAAGUAGCCAUAGAUUGCAAAUCAAGUGAUGGGAACUUCAAAACAAGAGGGAUUGGAGAGUUGAAUGAAGAAGGAAAGUUCACUGUAUUGCUGCCUAAUGCCAUUGUGGAAGAUGGAAAGUUGAAGGAAGAAUGUUAUGCACAACUUUAUAGUGCAGCAGCCAACCCUUGCCCUACUCAUGAUGACCUUCAAUCCUCUAAGAUUGUUUUACUAUCCAAAUCAGAUGAGAAACACACUUUUGGGUUACCUGGUAAAAUCAAGAUUUCACCAGGAACUUGUACAUCAGCUUUCCUUUGGCCAUUUUUCAAGUACCCUCCUCUUACCAAGUUCCCUCAAUUUCCUUUGCCACUCCCUCUUAUACCUGACUUUCAUCAUCCACAUUUGAAGCAUUUUGUUCCCCCAUUCUCCUUCCCUCCAUUGCCACCUAAAGUCUUCUCUCCAUUUCCACCUAAAGAGUUCCCACCAACGCCGGUGUAUGAAAAGCCACUUCCACCACCUGUUCCAGUUUAUGAAAAACCUGUUCCACCACCUACACCGGUAUAUGAAAAGCCACUUCCACCACCUGUUCCUGUUUAUGAAAAACCUCUUCCCCCACCUACACCGGUCUAUGAAAAACCACUUCCACCGCCUACUCCAGUUUAUGAAAAACCUCAUCCUCCGCCUACACCUGUCUAUGAAAAGCCACUUCCACCGCCUGUUCCUGUUUAUGAAAAACCUCUUCCCCCACCUACACCGGUCUAUGAAAAACCACUUCCACCGCCUACUCCAGUUUAUGAAAAACCUCAUCCUCCGCCUACACCUGUCUAUGAAAAGCCACUUCCACCGCCUGUUCCUGUGUAUGUAAAGCCUAUUCCUCCACCUACUCCGAUCUAUGAAAAGCCACUUCCACCUCCUGUUCCGGUUUAUAAAAAACCUGUUCCUCCACCUACACCAGUCUAUGAAAAGCCACAUCCACCGCCUGUUUAUGAAAAGCCACUUCCACCUCCUGUGUAUGUAAAACCUAAGCCUCCACCAGUGCCAAUCUACAAAAAGCCACUUCCACCACCGGUUCCUGUUUACAAAAAACCUUGUCCUCCCCCUGUUCCUAUUUACAAGAAACCUAAUCCUCCACCAGUAUAUGAGAAGCCACUUCCACCACCAGUUCCUGUUUAUAAGAAACCUAAUCCUCCACCAGUGCCAGUCUACAAGAAGCCUCUUCCACCUCCUGUUCCCAUAUAUAAGAAACCCCUCCCUCCACCUGUUCCCAUUUACAAGCAUCCAUUUUUCAAGCACAAACACCCAUUCUUCAAGCAUAAACACCCAUUCUUCAAGCAUUUGCCUCACAUUCCAAAAAUUCCCCAUCAUCCAUUUUUUAAGAAGCCAUGGCCACCUAUCCCUCAAUUCCCUCCUGUUCCCAAGUCCCCACCAAAGUACUUCUCCCACCACAUGUUUGGAGGGUUCCCUAAACAUCCACCGGUUGUUUCUCAUCCUUAGAAUGUCAUUGUCUUGCAGCAUUGUUGCUUUUUUCUUAAUAAGCAAUGAAAGAGAUGGUUAAUGUGCAGUGGAAGUUUAGUAACUUUCAAGUUCUACAAAUAAAGCUCCAGUUUCUGACUUACAAAUUGAACCAAAUCAGAAGGGAGAAAAAGAAGCAGGAGUGAAUUGUUGUUUUGUUUUUAAUUUUUCUAUAAAAAAAUUGGAAUUGUGUGGAUUGUUUAUGGUUGUUGUUCCACAGUUUGAGAUCAGGAUUCUGUAAAUGUCAAUGAACAGAUUUUUCGUUUGAGAAAACUUUCACCUUGAGGUUCUUGCAUGCUAUGGUUGUUUAUCCAGGAAAUGAUAAUGAAAAAGGCAUAUUAUUUAUCUUUUUUUUCCCCUAAA